AUGACAUCAAUACUUAAUAAAACACAAGUUUAUAAGAAACCACAUAAAAGAGGCAGAAAGUCACGUUUUUCUAGAAAAACUCAAUCAAUUAAAACAACUCAAGUAGAAAAAGAUAUAAAAGAAAUAUGUAUAAAAGAAGCUAAAAAAGAUACAAAUACAACAGUUGAUGUAUCUUGUACAUCUUUGAAUGUACUGAAGGAGCCAGAAUCUCGAAGACUUUUAGAAAUGCUUGACAGUCAUUUUCAAGACUUACAACGUGAUACUCAAGAUAGGUGUAAAAAAGAAUUACAAGAAUAUGCAAAAAAAAUGAUCAAAUUGACAUCAAACAGUUCAAUUGAAACUAUUCUUCAAUGUAUGCAACAAGAACUCGAAUACGCACGUUCUGACUCUGCUUUUGUUCUCAACCAGGAAACUACUCUUCAAAAAGCUCUACAACGAUUAUCUAUAUGCCUAGAAACAUAUACAAAAGAAGCAAAGCUAAUUCAAACACAAAUACAAUCUCUUCUUUUGCCAGAUGAAGCAUUUGAACUUAAUGAUUUAUGGGCAGAUGCAGACACGCUUAUAGAGGAGGCAGACGCACUUUCACAAGAAUAUUUACAUAAAAUGAAAGAUUCGAUGCAGAAAUGCAAUGAAAUCGAUCAAGAAAAUAAACGCAAAUUAAUGAAUCGACUACUCUAA